AUGAAGGGUGUUGGAGUCGAAGCAAAGUUGAAGAACGGACUCCUUGCUCACCAUGCCUAUGCCUUGCUCAAAAUUCUCCCAGAGAAGCUGGACAAUGGCAACUCUGUAAACUUGAUGCAGAUUGCCAAUCCACAUCACACUGGGGAGUGGAAGGGUGAUUGGGCCGACUACAACAUCUUCAACAAGGAACUUGCAUCUGAACGUUGGGCCGAAAACCCGGAGCUUGCCAAGCGGAUUGGAGCACUGCGCCGCGAUGAUGGUACUUUCUUCAUGUCCUUCGAUGACUGGGAGGCAAAUUUCACCAAAGUUGUGAUUUGCCCAGUUGGCGGCAAGCCCCUUGAUUCAGAUGAAGUUACUGAAGAGGAUGCGGAAGAUGAAGAGGAGCCAAAAGGCUUUUUUUCCAGUUUGUUUGGCUGGUAA